UUAUAAUUUCGGCCUUUGCAAUUGACGCAAUGACGUCCCCCACCGUACAAUCAAUUCGCGUAUGAAAACAAUAAACAACCCUGAGAAACGGUGAAACGCGAGAUAUGCAAGAGGACCUGUCGCCAAGUUUAGACAGAAAUACCGAUAAAAGAGGAACUGAAACAACAAGUAUAACGUCUUGUAAAACGACGUUGGACUCAUCGGUCCUGACACAAAGGGUUUCCGAGAUACGGGUUACCCCCUUCCUUAGCCACCUACUAGGCUCUAACGUUAGCUAGCUAGCCAGUCCUGUAGCUCGUUCCUCGUUAGUACACUUUGUUUGAUUUGUUAUGCAGUUGUCGGAGGACUAUUUUCGCAUUCGUUUCCCUCCAUCGCCUCAUCGCCCCCUCACCCUGAACUCGCUGGCCCUAUGUCUCGCUGGCUUUUCCCCUGGUCAGGCUCAAUCAAGAAGCGGGCCUGUCGAUACCUCUUACAGCAUUACCUCGGUCACUUCUUUCAAGAACGACUGAGUUUGGAACAGCUGAGUUUGGACCUGUACAAUGGUAGUGGUGUCAUCAAAGAAAUCAACAUCGAUGUUUGGGCGGUCAACGAGCUCUUGGAGUCUCUUGGGGCUCCACUUGAGAUUGUGGAUGGGUUUGUGAGCAGCAUAGAGGUGACAAUUCCCUGGUCAGCUCUUGUCACUGACCACUGCACCCUCGUCAUCUCAGGCCUUCAGAUAACAUGCAGACCCAAGUACAGGACCAGUGGGGGUUUGGACUCCCAGGGCUGGUCCACAUGCAUGACCUCCAGCAUGCAGCUGGCCCAGGAGUGCCUAAAGGACCCCCCUGAGGCGUCCGAGGAGCCGCCCGCUCCACUGGAGGGCUUGGAGAUGUUUGCACAAACUAUUGAGACUGUCCUGCGUCGGAUAAAAGUCACCCUCCUGGACACCAUCGUCCGAAUCGAGCACCAGCCCCUGGACAUGGAGACGGGCAUUGCCUUAGAGGUGCACAUCAAACGGCUGGAGUACUGUGACGAGGCGGUAAGGGACCCCAGCCAGACGGUGCCUGUGGACAUCCACCAGCCCCCUGCCUUCCUGCACAAGAUCCUCCAGCUCAGCUCUGUUCAACUGCUGUACGAGACCACCGGAGGGCCCCAGGGUCCUUUAAGAGCUGACACCCCUGGCUCAGCCUCAGCCAGCGACGAGGAAGUUGAGGAGGAGGAGACUGACCCUCCAGCUGCCCCCACCUCCCUCCCUCCGGCCACCCAACGGCCCCUCCUCUUCGGCAGCUGCUCUGGCUUCAUGGAGACCAUGGUCAAGAUCAAACAGAACGACAUGCUGCCUGGACCUAAGUUGGAGCUGGAUGGGAAGGUGGGUUGCCUCCACCUGCUGCUCUCUCCAGACCAGAUCACUCACCUGACCGACCUUCUGUCUGCCCUCUGCAUCGACACAGAGCCUGAAGCCAGUGGUGCUGGGGUUCACAGCCGUCCCCUGGACUCAGAGGACCUGCGUCUGAUAGAGGAGGACUUGAGCAAACAGUUGAGCUCCAGCCCCGGAGACAGAGAUCCGGACUGGGAUGAAGAGCCUGACAUGGAGCCCUACCUCACCGGUCUGGAGAACGGGGAUAUGUUCUUCUCCAUGGGUCCUGGUAUGACUAGCAGUGCGACGUCAGCUCUCUCUGGCAGCUCUCUCUCCGACAGCAUGGCGUCGUCUACACACAGCCAGGCUAGCUACGCCCAGGGCCUUCCACAGGGUCCCAGGUGUUAUCCUGUACCAGGAUCACUAUCCAGCCUGCCCCAGUGUAGCAGAAUACCAGGGCGAAGUAGCCAAUCUGAGCCCCUGAAACCAGAGGCAUUGCUUCGCCUCUCGCUUGGUGGGCUCACCCUAACCCUACUGGAGCAGGAACCACACCCCGGGCCGGACGGAGUGUCCUCAUUGACCCAGGUGUCUCAGGUGUUCUUCCGGGAGCUGGCCUUCUUCAAAGACAGCAUGUUCAGCGAGAGAGACUUCCACCACCUCAGAGCUAGCUUCGCUAAAGCAUGCCCGCACUCACACCUAAGGAUGACUGGAGCAGCGGUACAGGUGGCGUGUGAGAUGCGCAGUGCGGGUCGCCACUCCCGUGCUGUGACCUCUGACCUAUCCUUCAGUAGGCUAGAGCUGCUUGAGUGUCUCUGGGAGCCAGGAAAGCCCCAAUACACUGAGUUGCUCCAGUUCCAGCGUGCUGGGAUGUUCACAGUGGGAGAUACAGCCAGACCCUGUGCACAGCUACACUACAGUCUCACAGAGAAACACCUGCGCAAGGGGAGGCAGCGUGUGCAGCGUAGAGACAGUGUAGUGAGGGUAGAGUUGGGAGAGCUGAGUGCUGAGUUGGACCUGGACAUACUGAGUCGACUGGAGCCUCUGAGCAGAGCCUGCAGCCACUGUCCCACACAGGCCGGAGGAGGACCCGUCCACACACAGACCCAGAGCAGUGAGCUGCACUCCUCUCUCUCCCUCCUCUCGCCCCACGCCAUCCUCAAGCUCCGCUUCCCCAUCCCAGACCUCCGGCCGCUCCCCUUCCGACGCCCGCCUUCCCAGAGAGCCAUGCGGCAGGAGACCCUGGUACUGGAGCUGUGUGACCUGGAUAUCUGCUCCCAGGAGGGCCUUGACCUCCAGCCAGAUCACCAUGCACCCCCUGGCCCCUCCCACAGCUCCCUCACACAGCUAUUGGAGGCCAGCUUCAGUGACCUGCACGGAACGUAUGAGGGCUGGGAGGGAGGCUCCUUCCCCUGUAUCAGAGUCAAGAAGAGUCAAGACUCCAUGGCCAAAUUGUCAGUGCGUGUGAGUGGAGGAGAGGGUCUAGGGUCAGCGUUAGGGGGGGUAGGGGUGGGUCUGAUGAGGGACCUGGGGUCCAUGUCGUUUGAGAACCCCUGUGAACUCCGAGAGAAGACCAGCUCUCCCUUCUCCUCCAACCGCACCAUGUUCGAGACUGAGGAGAUGGUAAUCCCAGCAGACCCAGAGGGGAUGCAACAGUUCCAGUCUCAGUGUGUUUCUCAGUGUCAGUGUGUAGUAGAUGUCUUUCUGCCCCUGGCCUACAUCUUCCUGCCCAGCAAACAGGCCUUCCAGAGCAUCUACAACAGGAUCAAUAAUGACCUGUUAAUGUGGGAAGCCCCUCCCCCCUUAGGUUCUAAGAGCGACCACAGCCCCCUACACCGUCGCCAAGACGAUGACAACUUCCAGCUUUGCAAGUCUGCCUUCAGACUAGACUCGGAUUCCGAGGAGGAAGAUGCUCAGUUCUACACAGCCGGUGAAUCAACCAGACGCAGGCAGUCAGAGCCCCGCCCUAACCACACCCUCAGCCUGCUCUCUCUCACCAUUGUCAUAGGAAAGGGCCGCCUCCAAGCAUUGACGGACAGCAAGGGAGAGACGGGAAGUCCGGAGGACCGGUGUCAUGGUGAGCUCCUAUUGGACCUGGAAGGGGGGAAGAUGUUCAGUGUGGUGCAGCAUCAGAACAACCCCCAUCUCAGCUUCCUGUGCCUGGAGAGCAAGAGGGUGGAUCUCUACCACAAAGCUGUAGUGAAGGACUCCCCUGUCCCCAGGCUGUUGGAAAUGCCCAGCUUCACUCCCCCAGGGCAUCUAGACCUUACCAUUUACCCCACAGAGAUGGGGCUGAGCAGUGUGAGUGGCAGGGAGACUGAGGUCCAGAUGUUAUCCACAGCCAUCAAAAUCACCCUGGACCCUCAGAAGAAUGUCAAGGAGUUUCUGGUUGCCCUUCGUCUCCAUGGUGCCACUAUGCGACAUCGCAUGGCACAGACCAAUCACAGCUGGCACGAACAGCUGGUUGAUUUUUUGGAUGUCAUUGAUGACCCGAUCCUGGGCUACACAUCUCCUGUAAUUAUUACCGUCCUACACACACACCUGGCUACCUGCGUCGUGGACUACAGGCCCCUGUAUCUUCCAUUGAGGGUGUUGUUCACAGCAGAAUCCUUCUCUCUCUCCAGUAACAUCAUAGUAGACACUGCCACCUUUCACCUCAGGUUUAUCCUGGAUGAUUCUGCCUUGUUUCUCUCUGAUAAGUGUGAAAGUGACGUAGUGGACCUGAGACGAGACUAUGUGUGUGUUCUGGAUAUUGAUCUGCUAGAGCUGGCCAUCACCACAUGGAAAGGCAGUGAUAUAGGGAAACUGUCCCAACCUCUGUUUGAGCUGCGUUGCUCCAACAACGUGGUCCACCUCCACACCUGUGCUGACUCCUGUGCUGCCCUGGUCAACAUGCUGCAGUACCUGGUGUCCCAGGGAGACCUGCACCCGCCCCCCCGACACACAUCACCCACUGAGAUCGCUGGACAGAAGCUGCCAUUGUCAGAAAGUCCCGCCUCCUUGCCACCCUGCCUUCCAGCUGAGACUGCUGAGAUCAACCAGUAUGAUCUCCUUGAUGCUUUGAUUGACACAGAGAGGAGCCAUCCAGAUGAGGAUAUGGACUCAGGAUCUCCCACUGUCCCGCGGGGCUCACCUGUUUCAGUCUACCUGUUUCCUGGGGAGGACCCUAAGCUCCGCCCACCAGUUGUCAUUGAGGGGGAAGAGUCAAAGCUUGACAGACUGGUAGCGACAGCCACUGAGGUGCAGGUGGAUAUGAUGUCAGAGGAGGGCUCUGAUGGUUCAGAGGACAAUGAGGACUUCUGUAUCCUAGAGGCUCCUGGGAUGGGUAUACCUCCCAGAGACGGGGAGCCUCUUGUGACAGUGCUAGCUGAGGGUCCUAUCAGGGUUAGGGAGGGCCACUUCUCCCGGCCGCGGGGCAGCUCUGACCUGCUGCGGGCCCCCAGCCGCUUCCCUGUCCCCGAGAGCAGGGUGGUGCUACGAGAGGUGUCUGUUGUCUGGCAUCUGUACGGAGGAAGAGACUUCGGGGGCAAGGCCAUGUCUACACACACUCAUGUGCAUGGAAACAGGGGUCGCUCUGCCCCCUCUGGGAUGCGUGGAUCCCCGUCCCGCUCCACUGCUCCGUCCCGGCCUCAGAACUCGUGGCGCUGGGCUGGAGGCGGUGGACGUCAACACAACUUGCUCAUGGAGAUCCAGCUCACCAAGGUGAGCUUCCAACACGAGUCCUACCCAGUGGUGGUGUCUGCGUCUGGUCCGGUUCUGGAGGGAGAGGGGCCUGGGGUCGGGGCUGUGGGGGAGCAGCUUCUGUCCCGCCAGGUGUUCAUUGUUCAGGAGCUGGAGGUACGCGACCGCCUGGCUUCGUCCCAGCUUAACAAGUUCCUCUACCUGUACACCAGCGAGAGCAUGCCACGCAGGACACACUCCAACAUGUUAACAGUGAAGGCCCUGCAGGUGUGUCCAGACUCUGGUGUAGGUGGUCCAGAGUCUUGUUUAAGAGUGAGCCUCCUCCCCCUCCGACUCAACAUCGACCAGGAUGCCUUGUUCUUCCUGAAGGAUUUCUUCAGUAGUCUGGCUGCUGGAGUUAACCCCUACCUGCCUGUGGACCCUGUAGCUGAGAUGAAGACAGACCCUUCCCAGAAGCCCGCUGAGGAUGGGGUCAGUGGCACGGAGACCACUGCUGGUCUGGGUCCUGACCUCACCACUUCUGUAGAAACCACCUAUAGCGAGCAGAGAUCCUCGUUCGCUGGCUCCACCUCUUCCACUGAUCAGCCAAUCUACUUCCGGGAGUUCCGUUUCACCUCUGAAGUGCCCAUCUGGCUGGACUACCAGGGCAAGCAUGUGGUCAUUGAGCAGGGGACGUUUGCUGGGAUUCUUAUUGGUCUGGCCCAGCUGAACUGCUCUGAGCUGAAGCUGAAGAGACUCUGCUGCCGACACGGACUUCUAGGCGUAGAUAAGGUGGUUCAGUACGCUGUCACUGAGUGGCUGACAGACAUCAGGAAGAACCAGCUGCCGGGCAUUCUGGGAGGUCUAGGCCCCAUGCACUCUGUAGUUCAGCUGUUCCAUGGAGUGAGGGACUUGUUCUGGAUGCCCAUAGAGCAGUACAGGCGGGACGGCCGCAUUAUCCGGGGCCUCCAGCGGGGGGCAGCGUCCUUUGGCACCUCCACUGCUUCUGCUGCUCUGGAGCUCAGCAACAGACUGGUGCAGGCCAUACAGGCCACAGCGGAGACGGUGUACGACAUCCUGUCCCCAACGCCCCCCCUGAACCGUUACAUCACAGAGGGCCGACCGCCCUCCAACCGGUCCCGCCGCGCCCACCAGCCUGCCGACCUCAGAGAGGGCGUAGCUAAGGCCUAUGACACCGUCAGAGAAGGCAUGAUGGACACAGCUCAGACGCUAUGUGAUGUGGCGUCUCGCGGGCAUGAGCAGAAAGGCCUGCCUGGUGCUGUGGGCGGUGUCCUGCGGCAGAUCCCGCCCACCGUGGUCCGUCCCCUAAUAGUGGCCUCUGAAGCAACGUCCAACCUACUGGGGGGCAUCCGGAACCAGAUCAAGCCAGAUGCACGGAAGGAGGACUUCUUAAAAUGGCGCUCUGAAGAAGGCCAAGAAUGAUGAUUCUGGGGGAUGAAAGGUUAAAGAUAUGGGGGUGAAAUUGUUAUGUGUGUGAACAGAUGAAAGGAGUGAAUGUGUGAAAACGUGAGUUUUAAUUUAAAAAAAGAACUACUGCAGAGUGAUUGACACCCAGUAUUUUAUGUGGUUCCAUAUGGAUCAAGAUAAAACAAUUGUAUCUCUUUCUUCAAUGCAAUCAAAUAGAGCUCAGUUCAGUUCACUAUCCUUGCAGCAGUGCGUACAUGAUGAGGAUACUCUCCCUUUCUUAGUAUGUCAACAUAUCACAGUCACUCUGGGUUGUCUACAUCUUUAGAUGUCAACGCUGUCAAAGGGCAUACAGGGCUCUAGUCUAGCAUAAGGUCUGUUGUCGUGGUAGGUGGGAUUAAACAUGUUAAUCAGUAGCUCUCGCAAUCUUCUGUCGAUCAGACUAUGGGCCGGUUUCCCAGUUUGAGAUUACACCUAUUCCUGGACUAAGAAGCACCUUGAAUGGCGAUCCUUAAUUGAGCAUGCAUUUUUAGGAGUAGGCUUAAUCUGAGUCUGGGAAAUCAUUCUAUUGAGCCCAAAUCAGUGUCCACAUGGAUUGGUUGGUAAUAUCCGUCUCUCCUGUAGUCAUGGAGACUGAAAGACUGAUAUAGUGGCCUUAGCUGAGAUCCUUACAGAUAGCUGAGAUCCUUACAGAUAGCUGUUAAUCAAAACCUAAAAAACAAUUCUGGGAUUGUUCCAUCCUAGCCAGCACACAUCCCCAGCGUUGUUUGUGCCAUAAGUUUGUUCAAUGAUGGGUUCCCUGGCCUCUCCUCCUUUUGGUUUUAAACCAGUUUGUUUUUAGUUUGAUCACCUUCCUGAAACAAUAUACUUAUCUCUCUGUAUGCUUACUUGUUCAUAUUUGACCUGUGUUAACAAUGACCUGGGCCUGGUUGUGUUAACAAUGACCUGGGCCUGGUUGUGUUAACAAUGACCUGGGCCUGGCUGUGUUAACAAUGACCUGGGCCUGGUUGUGUUAACAAUGACCUGGGCCUGGCUGUGUUAACAAUGACGGGGCCUGGCUGUGCUAACAAUGACCCGGGCCUGGCUGUGCUAACAAUGACCCGGGCCUGGCUGUGUUAACAAUGACCCGGGCCUGGCUGUGUUAACAAUGACCCGGGCCUGGCUGUGUUAACAAUGACCUGGGCCUGGCUGUGUUAACAAUGACCCGGGCCUGGCUGUGUUAACAAUGACCCGGGCCUGAUUGUGUUAACAAAUGACCCGGGCCUGGUUGUGUUAACAAUAUGACCCGGGCCUGGUUGUGUUAACAAUAUGACCCGGGCCUGGUUGUGUUAACAAUAUGACCCGGGCCUGGUUGUGUUAACAAUAUGACCCGGGCCUGGUUGUGUUAACUAAAUGACCCGGGCCUGGUUGUGUUAACUAAAUGACCCGGGCCUGGUUGUGUUAACUAAAUGACCCGGGCCUGGUUGUGUUAAUUAAAUGACCCGGGCCUGGUUGUGUUAACUAAAUGCAGUCAUGGGAGAAUUUGGACGAUGAACUGAAUGAACUAGAGAAACGUCCUUUCCUCUCUGUCAAAUGGCUUCGCUUGAGUUUAAUGCUUGCCAGCGCUUGGUCAUCUGAUUUGUACUUUCUUUUGUCAGAGCAAGGAGGUCGCCCUCAGGGCCUUGGACCUUAUCGCCAGUCUGGUUCCUUCCUCUCAACAGAACAAUUGCUUGACUCGUCUCAUUAGUUGCCUUCCUUCAUUUUUUAUUUUGUAUUUUCUAAUUAUGUUAAACACUAGUAUUAUCAUAUUAUUUGUCAAAAUAAGUGUUGGUGGGAUGUGUCUAGAGGGUUAAGAUGGGCGGGGGCGGGGGCGGGUUGUGGUAAAACAUUUAACAUUAUUUUUUGUUCAAUACGUUUAAAUUGUGUGUGUGUAAUGCAUGUUUGUGGGUUAGUGGUUUCUUGUGAGGGUGACCCGUGGGUUGUAUUGGUCACAGGUCUGUAAUUACCAUUUACCUGUAAGAAUGACGUGUAUGGGGCCUCCCGGGUGGCGCAGUGGUAAAGGGCGCUGUACUGCAGCGUAGGGAUAUCCUUGUCUCAUCGCGCACCAGGGACUCCUGUGGCGCGCUAACCAAGGUUGCACGGUGCGCGCUGUGUUAAGAAGCAGUGCGGCUUGGUUAAGAAGCAGUGCGGCUUGGUUGUGUAUCGGAGGACGCAUGACUUUCAACCUUCGUCUCUCCCGAGCCCCGUACGGGUGUUGUAGCGAUGAGACAAGAUCUUUCAACCUUCGUCUCUCCCGAGCCCCGUACGGGUGUUGUAGCGAUGAGACAAGAGAGUUGGAUACGGAGAAAAAGGGGUCAAAUUCACAACAACAAAAAAGUACAGAAAAAUAUAUACAAAAAAUAAAACAAUAUAAAAAACGUAA